CUCAACUCGAUAUAUUCUGAGAUUUCUGUAGGUGACUGCACAAACAAUGUCAGAGGCUAUCUCAACAACUGAUCCAGCCGAUGCUAAUUCGUUCAUAUCCACUGUGGCACAAACUGGAACUGCAUUAAUAGAUGGAAUGUCGCAACAGCUUGGUACUUUGAAUAUCUCGUCUGUCGAAUCCAAGAUCAAUACUGGCCGCUCAAAGAAGGACGCAGGCGACGCUGCAUUCAAGAGCGGUGAUGUCAAGAGUGCACUCCGCUCCUAUCACGAGGCAAUCAUGUACCUUGUUGGAGUAGACAGAAAUGCAAUGAAUGCGCUUGGUAUGGGUUCACCAGCCGCAACACCCGACGAAUCCAAACAAGAAGAGAAGACCGAGGUCGACGUCAUGCUCGAGAAGAUAUAUGCCAACAUGUCUGCCUGUCACAUCAAGCAAGAAAACUGGAAGCGCGCAAUAGAGACGGCGGACAAGGCACUCGCCAAGAAUCCGAAGAACACCAAGGCAUUGUUCCGCAAAGGCAAAGCUCUGGGUGAAAGUGGUUACUUUGAAAAGGCAGAAACCGCUCUGACGGAGGUAAAGAAAAUAUCUCCCGCAGAGGAAACAAUAGUGGACGCUGAGCUGACACGGCUGCGCGCUAUUGAUAAUGAAAGGCAGAAGGUCGCUGAUAAGAAGAUGCGAGGCUGGCUGUCACGAGACAAGAAGGCUUAGGCUGGUCAAAGCGGCGUGGAUAGAAUUAAGCACUCAUACAUCACAGUCAUUGUAAUGGCAGGGCCCUCUCGAGUUGUAAUGUACAUGUAGGGAAUCCUUGGUGAAGAUGGUAUUUGGAGUGGUGUUUGCACGUGAUAUCGUGG